AUGUUCUCUCCUUUAUUAAAAAAUGAACCAAUGUUAAAGAUGUUGUCUAAAAAUGGCAACGUUUUAGCUAAAAGAUAUUUCAAUAAAUUUCACAAGAAACCACUGGAAGGUGUAAUUCUAAAUUCAAGUUUUAACAAGGACUCAACAACAGUCAGUUUUAUUGCACAUGAAAAUAAUCGUUCUAGUACAGAUAAACCAUACACCGUGUGUUUUAAUAACAUAUUCCUAAGAGAUUCUUCUAGGUCUCCAGGCUCUGUUGAUGUCGGAUCUGGCCAAAAAUUGUUUACCACAGGUGAGCUGGCAACUGAUUCAAUUCAUACAACCCCAGAACUUGUUGAGAUUACAUCAGAUGGAAAGUUUUUGACCAUUAAAUGGAAAGAUGGAGACGUGUACGAUUAUCCAUUAGAGUUUCUAUAUAAAUAUAAAGGUUCCACUUUUGUCACUAGAUCUUUAAGGAAUAGACAUACAAGCCACAGACCAACACUGUGGGACACUAUGAUAUUCAAUGACCAUUUAAAGACAUUUGCAAUGGAUUAUGAUGAAUUUUUGCAUGAUGAUAAAAGAUUUUAUGAUGCGUUGAUUAAUUUACAAAAGAUUGGGAUGGUGAUGAUCAAGAAUUUACCAAAGAUCGAUAAAAGUGUGGAUCCUUUACGCCUCCUAUGCAAUAGAAUCGGUCCAGUUAGAUCAACCAUUUAUGGUGAAAUAUUUGAAGUCAAUAAUUUGAAGCCAAAUGAUUCAAAUAUUACGUUCUCCAAUAAAAAACUACCGUUUCAUCAAGACUUGACAUAUUUGGAAAAUAUUCCAGGUUUCCAAUUGUUGCACGUUGUUAAAAAUGAGACAGACGGUGGUGAAAACCUUUACGUUGAUGCAUUCAAUUCUACAAGGCACAUUAGAGAGACCGACAUUGAAGCAUACGAAGCAUUGAAUAUUGUCCCUAUUAAUUAUCAAUAUAAGAAGGAUGAUAAGAGAUAUUACCAGUCUAAACCAUUAAUUGAACAAUACGAUUCAAAUGAGCAUAAUGUAGAAAUUGGCAACUACGAAUACUUGAUUAAAACUAUCAAUUAUUCACCACCAUAUCAAGCGCCAUUGACGUACGGUAUCUAUAAUAAAGCUCCAAACAGAGAGGUUUCUACUGCACCAGGUAAAGUUAUUGAAAGAUUUUUGUUUAGAGACUUCAUUAGGGGUUUAAAAUUGUUUGAACAGUCUAUUAAUAAUCCAGUAAACCAGAUAGAGAUAUCUAUGCCAGAAGAUACGUGUAUAAUUUUCAAUAAUAGAAGAAUUUUACAUGCAAGAAAUGAAAUUAUUUCAAAACCAAAUUCUCAAAGACUAUUUAGAGGUUGUUUUAUCAGUAACGACCAUUUUAUGAGCAAGUUAACAUACUUUGAGGAAAAAUUUGGUUCAUAA